GGCCUUUCUCUCAUUAUCCAUUUCUCUCCUCAACUUCCAAGUUCGAACCGUGAUGGCUCAACCACACUCUCCGUCAAAGACUCUUAUCGACCCAGAGAACAAGCAAUCACCAGAAGAAGAGAGCUUCUCACAUGCGAUGCAGCUCGUGACAUCUAUUGCGACUUCCAUGGCGCUGCAAACGGCGGUGCAGCUCGGCGUGUUUGAGGUCAUUCAUAGAGCCGGUCCCGGCGUCGAGAUCUCCGCCGCUGACAUAGCGUCGGAGCUUUCUUGCAAGAACCCAGAAGCAGCUUCCGCACUGGAUCGACUCCUCCAUCUUCUAGCGUCUCACUCAAUUCUUUGUUGUUCCGUUAUCGGCGAUGAGAACCGAGGGUCGGGAUGUUUCAGGCGGUUGUACAGCCUCUCUCCGGUGGCCAAAUUCUUCGUUCGAAAUGCGGAUGGUGCAACGUUAGGUUCCUUGAUUGAAUUGCUUCAUGAUAAGGUCUUCGUGGAUAGCUGGUCCCAAUUGAAAGAUGCAAUAUUGGACGGGGGUAUCUCAUUCAAUAGGGUCCAUGGAUCACAUCUUUUUGAAUAUCUAAGAUUGGACUCCAGAGUCAACCAUGUCUUUAGCAAAGCGAUGAAGAAUCACAGCACUAUAGUUAUGAACAAGAUUCUUGAAUCCUACCGAGGUUUUGGGGACAUCACUAGACUCGUCGAUGUUGGUGGAGGUCUUGGGAUUACUCUCAAGUUGAUCACAUCCAAAUAUCCAAACAUUCAAGGAAUCAAUUUCGACUUGCCUCAUGUCAUUCAACAUGCGCCUUCUUAUCCUGGAGUGGAGCACGUAGGAGGAGAUAUGUUUGAAAGCGUGCCAAGAGGAGAUGCCAUCUUCAUGAAGUGGAUACUUCAUGAUUGGAGUGAUGAAUGGUGCUUGAAGCUGUUGAAGAAUUGCCAUGACGCCAUUCCUAAAGAUGGAAAGGUGAUUGUGGUGGAGGCAGUUUUACCAUUUGUAUCAGAAACUUCUGCUGCAGCGAAAAGCAUCACCCAAAGUGAUGUGAUGAUGUUGACUUAUUGCUCAGGUGGCAAGGAGAGAACUGAGCAUGAGUUCAUGAAAUUGGCUACAUCAGCUGGGUUUAGAGGCAUCAGAUUUGACUGCUUCGUUCGAAACUUUUGGAUUAUGGAGUUCUUCAAAUAGAUACAAACGUGAUCAUGAUGCAGUAAUCGGGACACACUACUUUGUGCCACUUGCUUUAAUGCACUCUAUUUAUCCGUUAGAAGUUGUCGUGGGUUGAAUAUGUCAUGAGAACUAUAAUGAAAUAAUUAUCUCCUUGCUUGAGAUGUUAUCAUAAAUUCAUUCCAUCAGAGAA